CAUCACUAACAAUUGUAGUAAACCACAAAUAAUAACCAUCUCCCACCUGAUGCAUCUCUCUCUCUCUCUCAUAUUCUGAAACUUCUUUUUCCUUUUCUUUUUUACUCUUUUUAGAAGUUCGAGUUACGCACCACCUGGCAAUCGCAGAGACGGAGUUGCUGGCGAAGUAAGGUCCAGGCGGCUGAUCCUCUACUCGCCACGACACAGCAACCGCCAUGACGCCCUUUGAAUUUUCCAUUUUUUAUCCAAUCAGAAUCCUUCAACUUAUUUUUUCAUCAUUCAAACUUUUCUAGCUACUUUUUUAUUAAUUUCCCGAACUCCGAGAAUUUUGAUCCUAUAAUUCACCGAUUCGGUGCAGCUCUCCAUUGAUUAGAUUGAUUAAGUUGAGAAAGAGAAAGAGAAAGAGACGGAGAUAGAGAGAGAAGAUCUUUGAAGGAAAGUUAGUCUUGGCUUUUGGUGCACACUUUUACUGUCGUUGUUUGGAGUUUAAGGAAGUGUUUGGUUUGCUUGCUUUUAUUAGCUUUUAAGAAGAAGAAGAAGAAGAAGAAGAAGAAGAAGAAGAAAGGAAUUUUGAACAUAUAACUUUGUAGCGGAAGCAAUAGAGAAACAGAGAGAUGGUAACAAGUAAUUUGUUUCACUGUAGAAAGAAUUCAUGGCCGCCUGAAGAGUAUAUCAGCAGAACCACCUUGCAAUUAUUUGAUUUUGAUAGUGCUGCCCCGCCAAAACAUGCAUGGAGAAGGAGAUUAAACAGUCAUGCCAAUAUUCUUAAAGAAUUCAGUGUUACAUUUACAGAAGCAAUAAAAAUGGUCCGAUUGGGCAUAAGAUUAUGGUCAUAUGUCAGAGAAGAGGCAUCUCAUGGAAGGAAAGCACCUAUAGAUCCCUUCACGAGGGAAAGUUGCAAGCCAUCAGCUUCUCAGGGUGUUCCACUUGGAGGAAUGGGAAGCGGGAGCAUAUCCAGAGGUUUUAGAGGCGAGUUUAGGCAGUGGCAAAUUGUACCUAGCAUAUGUGAAGUUUCACCUGUGAUGGCUAAUCAGUUCUCAAUUUUUAUUUCUCGAGAUGGAGGGACCAAAAAGUACGCAUCAGUUUUGGCUCCUGGCCAGCAUGAAGGGUUAGGGAAAGAUGGUGAUCAGGGUAUAUCAUCAUGGGGCUGGAACUUAAGUGGUCAGCAUUCUACAUAUCAUGCUUUAUUUCCUAGGGCAUGGACGAUAUAUGAUGGUGAACCGGACCCUGAACUGAAAAUCUCUUGUAGGCAGAUAUCGCCAUUCAUCCCGCAUAAUUAUAGAGACAGCAGUCUUCCUACUGCUGUUUUUGUAUAUACGUUGGUAAACAGUGGGAAGGAGAGAGCAAAAGUUAGCCUUCUCUUUACCUGGGCGAAUUCAAUUGGAGGAGUCUCGCAUUUGUCAGGAGACCAUGUGAACGAACCAUUCAUAGGUGAAGAUGGAGUCUCUGGAGUGCUACUACAUCACAAGACUGCAAAGGGUAACCCUCCAGUUACUUUUGCAAUUGCUGCAUGUGAAACUCAGAAUGUAAGUGUGACUGUUCUACCAUCCUUUGGGCUUUCUGAGGAAAGUCAUAUCACAGCAAAAGAUAUGUGGAGUAAGAUGGUGCAGGAUGGACAAUUUGACCGGGAGAACUUUGAUUGCGGACCAACCAUGCCUUCAUCACCUGGAGAGACACUUUGUGCUGCAGUUUCUGCUUCCGCAUGGGUGGAACCUCACGGAAAGUGUACUGUUGCAUUCGCUCUUUCAUGGUCAUCGCCAAAGAUAAAGUUUUCCAAGGGAAGCACAUACCAUAGGCGGUACACAAAAUUUUAUGGCACUUCUGAAAGAGCAGCUCAGAAUUUGGUGCAUGAUGCACUGAAGAAUUACAAGUGGUGGGAGGAAGAAAUUGAGAAAUGGCAAAAUCCUAUACUUAAGGAUGAAAGGCUACCAGAAUGGUACAAGUUCACAUUGUUUAAUGAGCUAUAUUUUUUGGUUGCUGGUGGGACCGUCUGGAUUGACUCUUCCUUACUGACUGAAGAUAUGAGAGAGAGCCAUAAUCAGUCAAAAGAAAAGGAAACCAUGAAUGUCGAUGUAAUUGAAGUUCAAGUGAGCCGUCCAAAAGGUGCAGAAAAACAAAUUGCAACCAAUGGUUACAAUGUGGCAACUAUUGGACUCGAGGAAAAAGAUGGAGCAUCAAAUGGAAACUAUCCAAGCAAAGACGAAUUACCAGUAUCUCAUGAGAAUGGACAUCUCAACCACUCUUUGAAGCUGUCCCCUUUGAUGGAAUGGCAAAAUAACAGUGACGAUGUUGGUCGGUUUCUUUACUUGGAAGGAGUUGAGUAUAUAAUGUGGUGCACAUAUGAUGUUCACUUCUAUGCAUCUUUUGCUCUUCUUGAGUUGUUUCCAAAAAUCGAACUCAAUAUUCAACGAGACUUUGCUAAAGCUGUGCUAUCUGAGGAUGGGAGAAAAGUAAAGUUUCUGGCAGAGGGUAAUGUUGGAAUCCGUAAGGUCAGAGGAGCUGUCCCCCAUGAUCUUGGGACGCAUGAUCCAUGGAAUGAAAUGAAUGCAUACAAUAUACAUGAUACGAGCAAGUGGAAGGAUCUGAAUCCAAAAUUUGUGCUCCAGGUGUAUAGAGACUUUGCUGCAACACAGGACAUGUCCUUUGGAGUUGAUGUCUGGCCUGCAGUUCGUUCUGCCAUGGAAUACAUGGAACAAUUUGAUAGGGACGGGGAUGCUCUGAUUGAAAAUGAUGGAUUCCCAGAUCAAACUUAUGAUGCCUGGACAGUUCAUGGUGUAAGUGCUUACUGUGGUUGUCUAUGGCUUGCAGCGCUUGAAGCUGCUGCUGCUAUGGCCCUUCAAGUAGGUGACAAAUACUUUGCUGAAUUAUGCAGAAGCAAGUUUGUGAAGGCAAAAUCAGCAUUUGAAGCAAAACUAUGGAAUGGUUCAUAUUUCAAUUAUGACAGUGGAUCAAGUAGUAACAGCAAAUCUAUACAAGCAGAUCAAUUGGCUGGACAAUGGUAUGUUGCAUCUUCAGGCUUGCCUCCACUUUUUGAUGAUUCCAAAAUCAAGAGUACUCUUCAAAAGAUAUAUGACUUCAAUGUGAUGAAAGUUCGAGGAGGCAGGAUGGGUGCUGUAAACGGAAUGCAUCCCAAUGGAAAAGUGGAUGAAACAUGUAUGCAGUCACGUGAAAUAUGGACUGGUGUGACCUAUGCUGUAGCAGCUACCAUGAUUCUUGCUGGAAUGGAGGAUAAGGCAUUCGCGGCUGCUGAAGGUAUUUUCCUUGCAGGCUGGUCAGAGGACGGCUAUGGAUACUGGUUCCAGACGCCCGAGGGAUGGACCACUGAUGGGCACUUUCGUUCGCUUAUUUACAUGAGGCCGCUUGCAAUUUGGGGCAUGCAGUGGGCCUUAUCACUCCCUAAGGCAAUUCUCGAGGCCCCAAAGAUCAAUAUAAUGGACAGACUUCUCCUGUCUCCUAGCACAAGAUUUUCGCUUCAUGAUUCGGGAGUCAGAAAGAUUGCUACUAAAGCCAAGUGCUUCGGAAACUCUGUGUUCCACUGUGCAUGCUAAUGACAAUUGCAACUUCCCUCAUCUUUCUGAAAGAAAAAGUUCACGAAAUCUCUUAUUAACUUCCUGUGUACACUUCCAGAAGAAGAAAGCUGGGAGAGGUUUGAGAGAAAUCUCUCUUUCCGAAGGCCGGCCGGGCCAUUUGUAAUUUAGUUGCAUAGGUAAGUUCUUUUCUUUUGGUUCCCGUUUCUUUUUGUUCCUCCAAUAGGAGGAUCUGUUGUACAAUUCUUUCUAUUACCAUCAUCUCCUCAAUUUUCAUAUUGUUUCCCAACAGUCUGAAUACUCCACUCGUGUAUAGGAUCUUAAGCUCCAGCUUGAAAGAAUGAGUGACCAUUUGUAUACUAGUUGCCAGAGUGUGGGAGGCUGGCGCCUUGUACUUCAAAUAUAUAGUAACAUUCAGACGUUCCCGAGAA